GAGAGGAAAUCCACCUUGACGCCGGCGAGGUUCAUUUUGGAUUCGCAGGGGAUUGGGUUGCUCCUCCCAUGCAGUCCACCCUACUGUCAGCGCUCAUACUCAUUUCCCCCCUACUGCCAACGUCAACAGGGAAAGAAGAAAGAGUACCACCCGUGUCCUUCACUCGAUCAGGUGCCCACCGACGACCACGAUGUGCAGAUCGGCGAACCCCUCGCGUGGAGCUCUCUCUUCACCGACAUGUAGUUCCUUGACACCUCCAUCCAUGCCGCAGGUUGCUCUUCCGUUGCAGGGCACUUGGGUCGUCGGUACAGUACCCAAAAACCAGUGAACUGCGCCCGAGCUUCCGUCCACUGCCUGCAGCUCAUUUGGUUCAAGUUUCACGUGUGCGUGGCCAUGGAUGUGCAGUACGGCAGUGCACAUCGUGCAGCUCGCCCUCUGCGCAGUCCACACAAAAAAGGCUCGGGCACCAAUUUGUGUGGCUGGCUAACGCAUCGCUAUGAGCGACCGGUUCACUUCUUUUUAAUGGGAUGGGAGGCGCAUUUCACUUAUAUAUUUUGUGCAGCUCGGCCCAGAGCAACAUGCGGCUCUAUCGGCGGCGGCUUGCAGUUCCGACCACGAGCCCAUGCAGUACGCUGACGCCCUCCAUGUUCCCCAUCUCCACUUGCAGUCCAGUCACUGGAUGCGUGAAGAACGUUUCACUGGAUGCGUCUAAAAUGUCAUAGUGUUGAUGCAAAUGACAGAUCUUUGCUGAUUUUACAAACCUGUUUGGCAGGAUUUGGUAAAUUGAUUAGACCAAGGGAAUUUGUUUGAAGGUUUCAUUGUGUGAGUUACUAAGCUAUAUAAUGGAUAACAUGGUUAUUAUUUUAAUAGUAACUUUAGCUGACCACCGCAUACAGAAUGAAAAUGGAGCUAGUUAGUAGCCUGUAAGGCAUAUGGAGAUGAUACUAUUGGUUUCUUUAAUUUCCGUAUUAUUCUAUGAACACAGAGCAAUUAUGAUAUGUUGUGACCCUUUGAAUUAGAAUUAGAGUUAAUUACACCUGGGGUACAUAAACUUUCGCGGCGGUAACGGAUUCAUACACAAACAAAAAAAACCCAUAAAAGUCAUACAUUAACUCUGAUGUGGAUUCGUUUAGCUACAAAACGCAUGCAAAGUGGACAGAUGGGCUGCCACGCACGCAAUGGGGUCGGCCGUGUAUGCAUUUGUAUCUUUGCAGUUACCCCCCUCAGUUUACUGAGAUUUAACCCGUGGCCAUUCUUUCUGUAUCCCAAUCUCCUUCAAAUCCCUAGCUGCGAAGGUGACGCGGCCGGCCCGGUCGUGCACCAUGGAGAGACGACGCGGUCGUGCGCCAUGGAGAGGUGUUGGGAACAACGUCUUCAACCAAGUCGGCGGCUCUGUCAACGGCGGCUUGGACCAAACCGACGGCGGCUCUAUCAACCAAGGCGGCGGCGGCGGCUCUGGCACCGGAUGCGACAUGGAUGGCGAGUGGAUAGUCACAUCAGAGCUUAGUUUUGUCUCCAAAAAAGCGAUGAAGGGGGCAUGCGGAAUUAGGGUUUCCAAUGAAGGAUUUGGUGCGGCUGAAUGUGGGUGCAAAUUGACGCCAGUUAUUAGGGUUUGCAAUGAAGGAUUUGAUGCAGGCCGACGAUUUCUGAGUUGUCCAUACGAGGGGUUAAACUCCUGUGGGUAUUUGAGGUGGAUGGAUGAUGCAUGGCAGGGCAGAUCAAGGGUGGUAAUUGGAAAGCUUGCAAAUGACAAGCAGAAGCUACAAAAUGCUUUGCUUGACAAGGAACAAGACAUUCAGAGGAUGAAGAAAGAGAGGAAUAAAUUAGAUGGGCAGAGAAAAAGUAGGGAAAAAUUAGAUUUGUUUCUAGUACUUGUUGUUCUUGCAAGUGUAGUGAUUUAUGCUCUAGUUGUAUUGGUUAGUAGGGGAUUUGUGUGAGGAUUUCAAGUAUGUGUGACUGUAUGAUGAACAAGUUUGUCAAGUUUGAAAAUUUUCAUGCCCAGUUA